CCACCUUACCUUUGUUGUUAAGCUUCCCUUCUUUGAUUUCUUCAGCUGCAGUUUAUUCUUUCUUUUUUUUUUUUCUGGUUUUUAAAUCAAUGGAUUCAGAACUUUCCUUGUGGUUUUGCUCCAUGUGCAGUGCUUUCUGCUUCAUGUUCUUCUCUUUCACCCUCUUGUUUUCUUUGUUUUCAUUGUUGAUCUUCGUUUUGAGGUUGAAGCUCUGGUGUAAUUGUGAAAUCUGCCAGGCUUAUCUUACUUCUAGUUGGACCAAAGAAUUCGACAAUCUUUGUGACUGGUAUACUCACCUUCUUAAAAAAUCUCCCACUGGAACGAUCCAUAUCCAUGUUCUUGGUAAUACCAUCACUGCAAGCCCUGCAAAUGUCGAGCACAUUCUCAAAACCAGGUUUGAAAACUAUCCAAAAGGGAAACAAUUCUCUGCUCUCCUUGGUGAUCUUCUUGGUAAAGGUAUUUUCAAUGUUGAUGGUGAGUCAUGGAGGUUUCAAAGGAAAAUGGCCAGCCUUGAGCUUGGUAGCAUCUCCAUAAGAAUGCACGCGUUUGAUAUUGUUAACUCAGAGAUUCAAACCAGGCUUAUCCCUCUUUUAUCAUCAGUUUCCAGUGAAGAACAAGUUCUAGAUUUACAAGACGUGCUUAGAAGAUUUUCAUUCGAUAAUAUCUGCAAAUUCUCCUUCGGAUUAGACCCUGGUUGCCUCAUGUUAUCGCUGCCCAUCUCAGAAUUUGCUGAAGCUUUCGAUUUAGCAUCCAAAUUAUCAGCACAAAGAGGGCUGGCGUCUUCGCCUUCGAUAUGGAAAGUCAAAAGGCUAUUGAAUUUGGGCACCGAAAAGCAGCUUAAAGAAGCUAUUAAAAUGGUGGAUGAAUUUGCUCAAGAGAUGAUUAAUCAACGGCGCGAAAAGGGAUUUUCAGACAGUAAUGAUCUUUUGUCAAGAUUCAUGGGCACAGUCAGUGAUGACAAGUAUCUUAGAGACAUUGUCAUAAGUUUCCUCUUGGCUGGUCGUGACACAGUGGCCUCAGGGUUGACCAGCUUCUUCUGGUUGUUAUCUCAGCAUCCAGAAGUUGAGUCAGCCAUCCGUGACGAGUUGGAAAGGGUCAUGGGGUCGAGUCAGCAAUUUGCAAGCUUUGAUCAGAUGCGGGAAAUGCACUAUUUACACGCGGCUUUGUAUGAAAGCUUGAGACUGUUUCCACCUGUCCAAUUUGAUUCAAAGUUUGCUCAAGAAGAUGACAUUUUGCCUGAUGGUACCUUUGUGAGGAAAGGCACGAGGGUAACCUAUCAUCCCUAUGCAAUGGGUCGGAUGGAGCGGGUUUGGGGCUCCGAUUGUCUUGAAUACAAGCCAGACAGAUGGUUGAAAAACGGUAUAUAUAUUCCCGAAAACCCAUACAAGUACCCAGUUUUCCAGGCUGGGCAAAGGGUUUGUUUAGGGAAGGAAAUCUCAUUGGUAGAGAUGAAAUGUGUGGUUCUAGCCGUAAUCAGUCGGUUCAAUAUCCGGGUUGCCACUGAUCUGAAUCAGGCACCAAGGUUUGCCCCUGGUCUCACCGCCACCGUGAGAGGUGGGUUACCAAUUCUAGUGCAAGAAAGGGAAGCUAAUUACUCAAGUCCAUCGUGCCCCCGAUUGUUGGGAGCCAUUCAUGGUUAGUUAAUUCACAAUACAGGGGCGCAGGUUAGCAUUUCUGGCUUAGAUGCCAAUAAAAGCAAACCUAUCUGGGUUGAAUUUGACAAUCGUCCAACAGAACGUUAGUCUGGUUCAUCUAAAUGGGUCAAACGGGGUGGGCAUGUUUCUUCCUGUAUAUUUGCACCAGACAUGUACAUAUCUAGGAUCUGUCUCUUUCUCUGUACCCAAGGCUUGAACUGUAUGCUUUUCAAGUUUUGACACGAGAAUGCCAAUGUUACACUUCUUUUUUUUUUAAAUAAUAUUACACUUAUUACCCUCCCAA